AGACUUCUUCAGUUCCACUUUUCAGUGUCAGCAAACGUUGUUAGCUCCGCCUCUACUCCAUACUCUGUCCUUCAGUCGAAUAUUCACCAAUGGCUUCUAUGGCUGUAUCACAAUCUAUCUUCUCCACUCUCACCUCUCAAAGAGGCUUUGAGAAUGCGUCUUUACCUUUGCCUAGUUCAAUGCUCAAACACUCUCUUGUUGUCUGUAGAUCUAAUUCACUGUCCACCCAUUUCAACAAGACCCGCAAUACUAGUUUCAUCACCAACUGUGCUUCUCCAGAAAAUGAUACCCCAAUUGAAUUGAGGUACCCAGCAUUUCCUACUGUGAUGGAUAUAAAUCAGAUUCGCGAGAUUUUGCCCCAUCGUUUUCCGUUUCUUCUAGUGGAUAGAGUGAUUGAAUACAAUCCGGGAGUGUCAGCUGUGGCAAUAAAGAAUGUGACGAUCAAUGAUAACUUCUUUCCUGGGCAUUUCCCUGAGAGGCCAAUCAUGCCUGGUGUCCUCAUGGUUGAGGCAAUGGCCCAAGUUGGUGGCCUGGUCAUGCUACAACCUGAAGUGGGAGGCUCCAGAGAGAACUUCUUCUUUGCUGGAAUAGACAAAGUAAGGUUCAGGAAGCCAGUGAUCGCUGGAGAUACUUUAGUAAUGAGAAUGACACUGAUCAAGCUGCAGAAACGGUUUGGAAUAGCAAAGAUGGAAGGAAAGGCAUAUGUAGGAGGGGAUGUAGUCUGCGAGGGUGAGUUCUUGAUGGCUACAGGCAGUGAGUAAUGAUGUGAAGCUAUUACUAGGAAACUUUUUUGCACCUUGAUCAGUUUUUCUCCCUCCAUCCGCCCCUAUAAAUGUUAAACUAGGGAAUCUCAUAAAUUUCUUUUUCAUCUGAAGAGUAGUUGAAAUCUAUGAGCUUUUGGUUUCUGUCCUUGCCAAAGAUAAACCAAAUGGUAUGUUACAUUCAGGAUGAAUGCGAAAUUUCUAUGUCUGUGACUGAGGGUUCUUUGUCCUUACGUGCAUUGAUAUGAGAAUCCUGAUUCUUAUUGUAU